CUCUCUCUCUCUCUCUCGCAUUCGCUCAAGUCGAUUCUGACUUUGCUUGCACUGUCUCUUGCAAUUGUCGUCUACUAAACUCUUGUGCACCAUCGUCUGGGCUCAUUAUUUUGUUAUUUUUAGCUUUUAAUCUUUAAUUUUCUUCAUACUGCAAUUGAAUAGCGUUGAAUUCUAGAUGCACGAUCCCAUUUACAUAUGUUGAUUCAUUGAAUCUUGAUUAAUCUGUGAUGAAAGAUGAUGUCAAUUUUAGAUUAUGAAUUAUUGAAUUUUUUUAAUUUGGUUUUGAGUUUUUUUUAUUUGUGCUACAUUUGUCUCUGAUGAUGUAGAGCUUUAAUUGCUUAAACUUUAACUUUUUUAAAUUCUAAAUACAAGUACGGUUUCUUUUAGAAAGUAAGUAGUCACGUAUUUAUAUGUUAUAUAAUGAAUUAAAUUAAAUCAAAUCCAUCUACUCUACUUAGAUCCCUACCUAACCCGUUAUCUGAUUGACGCUUAAUAUUUUUAAGAACCUUCGUAUCGUGUUCGAGCAUAAUGUACAACUACAACGAAAUGAAAAAGAGUCCACACGGACACCUAUCGAACCUCAGUCUAAUCAGCCACCAUCCUCGGUCAGACCAACAAGCAAAUGGAACACUGUCCACUUUGUUGCCGAGUGGAAAAAGCUUGAGAAUUGGGCUGAAAGUUCUUUGGCCCAGGUUUCUUCGUUCCCGCGAUUAACCCCUCUGUGACUUUCAGCAGCAGCAAUACAAGAAGAUACAAGAAGUCAACAACUCUCUCUCCGUCUCUCUCGGCCACCGGAGGCAGCUCCCCGGUCUCGUUGCCCUGUUUUCGUCCCGGUAAAGAUAAGAUCUUUGACCUUUGAUUUCCAUAUUAUUAAUUGUAUGUUGGUUUUUCCUUCCCAAUUGAAAUUUGAUCCGCCUAUUUUCCAUGGUCCGAUUGUAUUCUGAUCUGCUUUUGAUUGUCAGAUUGUAUGGCUAAAGAAGAAAACACAAGUUCAUAUUUUGAUUUUCGUUUCUAUGAUAAUUAUUUCGGAAAUAUACUGCAAAUGUGUGUAUAUGCAUAUAUAUAUAUAUAUAUGUAUAUAUAUUUAUAACUUGGUCAGAGGAGAAAUAAGCAGAACCCAGUUGCAUGCUGUUACCCAAUUUACAUCAGAAUUCCAAGAUGGAAGCUUUUUGAUGAAUUUUUUACAAUUUAAUCAGUUGAAAAAUGUAUAGUUUCAAUUUCUCUGUGAUGAUCUGUUCUUUUCGUUGGGUGUAUUUGAUGGAUAGGAUGGUUUCAAUGACUACUCCUCAAGCAAGAAGCAUUGGGCUUCCACUCAUGAACCUUAUCAAAUUAAAAGGAAUUCCCAUUCUCCAACAGCUUCAUUUAGAGGAGCAACUUCUUAGGACCUCGUCCCAUAAUUGGUGCAUUGUAAACGAUGGAACUAAUGAUCCCGCUAUUGUCAUGGGUGUUUCGGGAAAACCUGCAGAGCUUCUUGAAAUUGAUUUGGUGUUACGAGACCAGAUUCCUGUCAUUAGAAGGUUUACCGGAGGUGGCACUGUUACUGUAGAUCAAAAUACACUAUUUGUCACUUUCAUAUGCAACAAGGAUGCGGUUCCUGGCUUGCAACCAUAUCCUCGACCUAUAAUGUCCUGGAGUAGCCUAGUUUACAGCAAAGUGUUUGAAGGACUUGCUGAUUUUCAACUUCGUGAAAAUGAUUAUGUAUUUGGAAACCGCAAGUUUGGUGGGAACGCUCAAUCUAUUAGUAAAAACCGGUGGAUCCACCACACUUCCUUUCUAUGGGACUUUGAUGUUAGGAACAUGGCAUACCUGAAGCAUCCAAAACGGGUUCCUGAAUAUCGAUUGGCAAGAGAUAAUUUAGAAUUCAUAUGCCGCAUGAAAGACUACAUCCCAAGAUCAGUUUUUCUUGAGAAAACAGUCGAGGCACUCGGAUCCCAAUUCUCGGUGAGAUCGGAACGGUCGGACGCCAUUGAACCUACCUCGAGUACAAAGUUUGUACCCUCAACUAGGCUGUUGACAAGGCAGGAAUUAGAGGAAGCAGCAGCUUUUGACUCUCAGGCUGAAAGAAAUCUCUCUCGAUCAUUGUCAUUGUAAUGAAAGUGAAAUUGAGUAUUCAGUGAGGGUGGUAUUCCCAUAGUACCACCCUUCAAUUUUUUAAUAAAUGUAACCUAUUUUUUUCAAUCCA